AUGUCUUCCACCAUGGUCCUCAUCACAGGCGCCAACCGAGGCAUCGGUCUUGGCCUUGCCGAGCGCUUUCUGGCAAAGCCCUCGCACACCGUCAUUGCCGCAGUGCGCAACCCGGAGCACCCGACCGCGCAUGCGCUACAAGACCUGCCCAAGGGUUCCGACAGCCAGCUCAUUGUUGUGAAGCUCGACGCAAGCAUCGAGCAGGACGCGCAUGAUGCCGUCGCCGAGCUGCAGCAGAGGCACCAAAUCCAUCACCUCGACAUUGUGAUUGCGAACGCCGGCAUCAGCUACAUCUUGCCCAGUGUCGCAGAGGUCAAGAUUGCGGACAUCAGGGCGCACAUGGAGCCGAACGUGUACGGCGUGAUAGCGCUAUACCAAGCGAUGCGCCAACUCCUGAAGAAGUCGACGCGCGAGCCAAUCUUUCUGCCUAUGGGCUCGUCGGCGGGGUUGUUGGUCAACCACCUGCCCAUUCCCAACGCGGCGUAUGCGCCGACCAAGACCGCGCUCAACUGGUACACGAUUCGCAUCAACGCCGAAGAGGAUUGGCUCAACUGCUUCGCGUUCGACCCGGGUCAUGUUGCGACGGAUAUGGGCAAUGGCGCGUCCCAGGCUCUGGGUAUAGGCGAGAAGGCGCCGGUGUCGGUGAAGGAUUCCUGUGAAGGCAUGAUGCGCGUGUUUGCAAAGGCUACGAAGAAGGAGCACGGCGGCAAGUUGGUUGUGUAUACUGGGGAGAUAUCGGGGUGGUGA